UUUGUGCUAGGACAAACACACACAAAUUAACCAGCAGCCAUGGCUAGUAUUACUCCUCUCCUUUUGAUCUCUUGUGUGUUGCUUGCUUCUUGCUUUAGUGCCAUUGAAGCACAAAAAAAACCUCCUAUUGUGAAUGGUCUCUCCUGGACUUUCUACAAAUCUAGCUGUCCUAAAGUUGAAUCCAUUAUCAGAAAGGAGCUCAAGAAACUGUUCAAGAAGGAUGUUGGACAAGCUGCAGGCUUGCUUCGUCUCCACUUCCAUGACUGCUUCGUUCAGGGAUGCGAUAGCUCGGUGUUGCUUGAUGGAUCAGCUGGUGGACCAAGCGAGAAGUCUGAACUUCCUAACUUGACCUUGAGGAAAGAGGCUUUUAAAAUCAUCAACAACCUCCGCCAGAUCGUCCACAAAGAAUGUGGCCGUGUCGUCUCUUGCUCUGACAUCGUCGCAAUCGCUGCCCGUGAUUCAGUUUUCUUGACCGGUGGCCCUGACUACGACGUCCCCUUGGGAAGGCGAGAUGGAGUAAAUUUCGCUCAAGUGAAUCAAACUUUUGUAGACCUGGUAGGACCUGACGCUAACACUACUACAAUUCUCAUCAAGCUUGCCCGGAAAAACCUUGACGCCACCGAUGCAGUGGCCCUCUCAGGUGCCCACACCAUUGGCAUUGGCCACUGCACAUCCUUCACUGACCGUCUUUACCCAACCCAAGAUCCUACCAUGGACAAAACCUUCGCCAAUAAUCUCAAGCUAACUUGUCCAAAAUCAGACACCAGUAAUACAACUUUCUUGGACAUUCGAUCCCCUAAUAAAUUUGACAACAAGUACUACGUUGAUCUCAUGAACCGCCAGGGUCUAUUUACUUCGGACCAAGACUUGUACACUGAUAAGAGGACAAGGGGCAUUGUGACUAGCUUCGCUAUUAAUGAAAAAUUGUUCUUUGAGAAAUUCGUGCUUUCCAUGAUCAAAAUGGGGCAACUGAACGUUUUGACAGGGAAACAAGGGGAAAUUCGUGCCAAUUGCUCUCUCAGGAAUUCUGAUAACAAGUAUUUGGUGUCUGUGACAGAAGAGGAGGUGGGAUCAUCUGCUGAAAUGAGAUAAAUUAAGAAGUGCAUCACUGUAAUUGGCAGCUACUAUAGCUAGGAAUAAAGAGGUUGUUUCCAGGCGGCAGCAAGUGAAGUGUGUGCUCGAGUUUGUGCAUGUUUUUUUUUUUUUUUGGGAGUUUUUGUACCAAGUAUAUUGUCUUUUUUGUUAAUAAACUUGUUGGCUGACUGGGCUCUGUGAAAAUAAAGUACUGAUCAGUGAGUAAGUGGAAAGUGAGACCUAUCGUUCUUGGUUGAUCAAAUUGCUGUUGGUUGAAGCUGAUUUAUAUAUUUUUUUAAGGCAUUUGGUUGUGCUGAUGAAA